AUGGCGAAUAGACGCUGUAUUCAAAACCUAAAUCGUUAUCUCCAAUUCCUUAAAACCGUAGCUCCGUACCCGAAUCCCGAAUCCCGUGCGCCUACCUCGAAAUACACUCUCCACUCUGUCUUGACCCACAAAUCACAACAUCGCUUAUUCAACAGUAAUGAUAUUAACGGCCAGAGUGUAUUUUUCCGGCACUUUUCUUCCAGUAAUCGAAAUGACGAUACUGAUAAAGAAGGAGAAGGAGAUGAUGACGACGACGACUAUGACGAUGAAAGUGAAGGAGAUGACAUAGAGAGUGCGGAUGAUGAGAGGGAAAAUGACAGAGCUGUAUUGUCUGGCGAGGAUAAAGAAAAAGAAUCAGCUGAAAUCGGGUAUAAAGUCAUCAGCCCGCUUCAAAAGUCCGACCGGGUCUUCAAACCAUACGAACCGGCUUUCGCUGUGGUUCAGAUUGGGUCGCAUCAGUUUAAGGUGAGCAAUGGGGAUUGCAUAUACGCAGAGAAGUUGAAGUACUGCGACGUCAAUGAUAAGUUGAUCCUCAAUAAGGUUCUUAUGCUGGGAUCAAAAACUCAAACAAUCAUUGGUCGACCAAUUUUGCCUGAUGCAGCUGUUCAUGCUGUUGUUGAGGAGCAUGCAUUAGAUGCAAAGGUGAUCAUAUUCAAGAAAAAGAGAAGGAAGAAUUAUAGAAGAACAAAAGGGCAUAGACAGGAAUUGACCAAAUUGAGGAUAACAGAUAUAGUAGGGAUUGAAAAAACAGAAAUGCCAUCUUCGAAGAUGGAGAAGAAAGAUAAGCUGCCAUCUUUGAAUACGGAGAAGAAUGAAAAGCCAGAAAAGAUACCUGUCAUGGCUUAA